AUGUUAAAACCUCCACCAAAUUCAGACCAAAACAAAAGCUUCAGCCAGUCAUUUUUUAGCAUGUCCGAUUCAAACUCCAAAGAAGAGGUAAAAGAUCUAAACGAAAUAAUUAAAGAGGAAGUUAAAUUAACUGAAAAAGAGCUUGAAGAACAGUAUAGAUUGCAUAAAGACCAAGAAGAUAAACGAAAAGGAAUCAACUAUGAAGAAAAUAUCAAAUUAAAUCGCAGAUUAAAUAAAUUAGUUAAUGAAAACCAAAAGAAGAAAUCACAAUUAUCGGCACUCAAAAAGCAAGUAAAUGACAUAAAAUAUGAAAUGAAAGAAAGAAUGAAUUGAGAAGACGGAAAUAAUAAACAAAAAUUUACAGGAAGAUCAUCGCCAGUCAAAAUCAGCCAAAAGUUACUAGAACUGACACAAUUAAUAAAAGACUAUCAACUCAAAGCUGAUGAAGAAGAUUUUGUGUCAACAACCUUACAAAGUAAAAUUGAGCGAGACAAAGAAUCAAUUGUAUUUCUUAUAUAGAGCGUUUAUAAGCAAAGGGUUGAAGAAAUUCAUGACGCUUAUAUAGUUUUACAAAGACAUGAAGAAAAUGUGAAAAGAUCAAACUUCCUAGCAAACUCUGUGGCUAUCCAGGCUACAAAUGAUGUAGUUCAUAAUAAAAAUGAAACUAAAGGUAUGAAAAAGUCUUAUAAAGCAUUAUAUGGAGCAAUGUAUAAAAAAAAGCAAAAUAUUGAAGAAGCUAUGCAUGAGGCUAUUGAGAGAAUUGCAACUGCCAAAGUAGCAAAAAACGUAAUUAAUAAAAAGGCUAGAGGAGAGCAAAAUGAUCACAUUUUUGAAGAUAUAGAACAAGAUAUAGAUAAUAUUUCUUCUAUAAGGAGAAAUAGCGAGUGAAAUAUCCAUAAUUUGAAAAACUAUGUUGAGAAUUUUAAAGUAAUUGAGAAGUAAAUGUAACUCAGGCUAAUGAGCAAAGGGGAGCGUGUAUAUGAUUUUAGUAAAGGAAUAUCAGAAAAUGAUACCAAUGAUAUCAUCCAAACUAUAAAUAAAUGCAAUUCAGAGCAGACUUCUCUAGGCUUGUUUUUCGCCAAUCUUAGCAACGAUCAUGUUGAAAAACAAAUAGAAUGCGAUAAAAUCAAAGAAGAAUUAAAUCUAUGCAUAAAAGAUAUGAAUGGCAUCAAAGUGAUACAGAGUCGACCUAACACAACCUACAACCUGACACGAACGCUUUUAGAUGGAAAAAUAGAAACCAAUUUAGACGAAGAAACUGUAAAAUAUGAGAUGUGCUCUAUCAAAAUCCAUUACUUUUUAUUAACUCUCACCUUUAGCAACACGUGCUAAUUUUUCUGCUCGUUCUGAAAUGAGGUUAAUAUUUUUUUUCAAAACAUAAAAAAUAUCCUAUUUGGUAAAUAUUAUAUUAAAGAAUGCGGGCUAUCUAGAAUUUACUAGGAUAGCUAGAAAUUUCAUUAUACAAUUAUUAAUUAAAUAUAAAAAAUAUUUUUAAAUAAACUUUCUUGAUCUAAAGGGUUUAAUUCCAAAGGUUUUGCUCUCUAUUUAGAAGAAAUAAGUGUUUUAUUUAUCGCAUGCAAAACUCUUCAUCUUGCAGCCCAAAUUGGUAUCAAAAUAACCCCUCCUCUAACUGAUAUUUACGAUAAAGCUAUAGAUAUUAUUGAAUCUUUAAAAAAGGCCAGAUACAAGCGUGCAAACACUCCUCAGCAAAUUGGCGGUACUAGCUUCCAGCGCCGAAAGAAAAGAGAAGCAGAUAUCGUUCGAAAGUCAACAAUCAAUAGAAUUACUCCAACAAGCUCAAAAAUAUUUAAUACUGAAAUAGAUGCUGAAGACCCUAAAAAAAACUUAGAUCAAUUCGUGGACGAAAUUAUGCCAACAGUCCCAUUGUCAGUUUUUGAAAUCACACAAAUAUUUCUCGGAGUUUUCCCUGAGCUUUAUUCUGAAGCCAAGCUUUUUGCAAGCAGCGUGAAGUCAGUAAGAUUUAUUUAGAAUAAAAUGCUUAUACAAAUUUUAGAGAGAGAUAGACUGCAGACUUAUUUAAAAUCAAAAAUUUUUCAAAGAGAUAAAUACUCAGGGGCUGAAAGAUCUUUAGCAGAUUUAGAUGAAUUGAAUGAGCAAGUUCAUCAAAUUUUCCGAACAAAUUUUCAGAGAGUUAAUGAAGCAUUAGUAGAUUUAUAUGUAAAUAUUCGCGACACGACUUCAGAGUUAAUACAGGAUGAAAAUUUGGCUCCAUGUCAAAUGACAGUGCAUUUUUGGAAUUAUACAUUUCAUCAAAGCGCAUUUGGUCGAAAAUUUUUAAAAUAGUGUUCAUUUGGUCAAAUUUAACAUUUUUUUGGUUCAAAUGUGUCUCACUAAUGCCAAUUUUCGACCAAAUGUACUUCGUUGAAAUAACACUAUCAAAAGUGCAUGAUCAUGAGGCCUGCACCCCGAAAAUUUAAAUAAGCUGGAUGACAAACAAAUUCAAGAUAUUUUUGGGAAUUCUGCCAAAGAAGUAAGAAUAAGCAAGAAAGUUCAUAAAAGUAUGAAGAAAUAUAGAUUAUGGUUAGAGGGGUUUAGCAAGAUUAUUUCAGCUGAACUUAGCUUCAUACUCAUGUGGUUCUAAGCACUAAAGCCGCAUAAGGUCCUUUCCGUCUUUAUUCUGGAACUACGGCCACCAUUUUCAGGCAGCAGAAUAUCCUUCCUGAAUGUUUUUUGAUGCUGCGCAAUCAGUAUCUGGCCUAUGGAUAAAGGAAAAUGUCCAAUCAGCCAAGACCAAAAGGUUGCCCCGGCCUUUUGUGAAAUAUGAAUAAGUGGACACCCAGAUAGGAUUAAUUAACUAGAGCCAAAGGUUUUGCCUUGAAUUGGCUAAUAAUAAAGCAUGAAGAAGAAAUUGAAAAUUGACAGCGAAAGUGAAACUCCACAAAGCCGUUUCAAGUUAGUUGAAAAAGUUCCUACGGUCAAUGAAUUUUUUGAUGAGGAAAUCAAAAGUGUUUAUAGAACUAUAAAAGAGAAUCCUGACUCAAUUGACCAAAAAACAGAAAAGAUGCAGUUAAAUAUGGGUAGGAUGAGAAGAAGUGAAUCUCAGCCUGAAAGCUUAAGCCAAGCAGCAAUUAUUCACAGUGAAGUUAAAGGAAUUACCUGUAAAUUAAAAGGCCUCAAAAAAUCAGAAAUGAGAGCUCUCUCCACCCGCACUCCUACACAAUCCAAUAAUGCAAGCCCGAUAACAAGGAUGAAGUUCCUCAUUUCUCCAAUGUCAGUCAAAGAAAUCAUUUACUUAGCCAACUUAGAAAGAAAGAGCAGGGUGAAAAGGCUUUCUCACCAAUUCCCCAAGCGAAGCCUGAGUAGAGGCUCAACCGCAUAUACAGUACUGCCGUCUGAAGUAGCUAAAUAG